CAUAAACUGACUCCCGAGGGUUUAGUCACAGUGGAAUAUGCCACACACUGCUUUGCAACUUUAGCACGUAAGCACACACAAAGCAAUGGCUGUAGACCUUUUGGUAUGUCUGCCUUGACUGUGGGCUUUGAUGGCAGCAGGAGUCCUGAACUGCACCAAACGGAUCCAUCUGGUACCUACCAGCCUUGGAAGACCAAUGCAAUUGGUGGCAAUGCUAAAACUGGGUAAGAGUUUUUGGAAAAUAAUUACCCAGAAGAAGCUGCAGGAGCUCAAAAGGACACCAUCGAAUUAGCAUCAGCUUUGCUAAGAAGUGUGAAAUCUGGUGGAAAAAAUAUUGAGCUUGCUAUAAUAAGGAGAAACCAGCCACCACAGAUUUUUAGUGCAAAAGAUAUUGAAAUGCAAGUUGCAGAAAUAAAGAAGGGAAAAAGAACCUGA